ACGAGUUUACGGGUUUAACCCUAAUCAUUGUUCGGUAUGUCCGUCGUUGCUAAUGAACUUGAGUUGAUUGUGGUAUCAUUACACAGAUUUAGCAUAAGGUUUUGUGAUAUGAGAGACUGAGAGUGAGUUAUCAGAUUUAGCAUAAUGGACAACUGCAUUCAACUGGGCAACUGACCCUCUCCGGCUUCAAUGAGCCAGAGAUACAACUUGUUUUAGAUGGAAUUUCGCGUGAUCAAUGUAUCCUAGUUUCGAGAAAAAAGAAAAUGAUGUUACUCGGUUCACACCUUUUCAAACAUCCAUAAAGCAUAAGACAUCUUGACCUGUGAGCCUCUUAAUAAUCUGAUCAAUGAAGGGUAGAGGGAAGUAAUCCUUUGUGGUAGGCAUCGUUCAGUCGACCAUAAUCAAUGCUCACCCUCCAACCUGUCACUUUUCUUAUCGGAAUUAAAUCUUUUCUCAUUCGACACCACAAUCAUGCCUCCCUUUUUUGGUAACACCUUAGUGAGACUGACCCACUCACUAUCAGAUAGAUGAUUCCUGCAUAUAGAAGUUUGAUCACUUCUGCUUUAACCACUUCCUUCAUAUGAGGGUUUAACCGCCUCUAAGGCUGCACCACCAACUUAAUGCCAUCCUACAUGAGGAUCUUGUGGGAGCAUAAAGAUGGACUGAUAACCUAGGAUAUCAAUGAUCUUCCAUGCCAGUGUUCACUCAUGGUUCCUCAGUAAGUCCACCAGUCUAGUCUUAUGCUUGGGUGUGAGAUCUAAGCCAAUGAUAACUAAAAGCUUAUUCGCCUCCCUCGAGAAAACAUAAUCGAGGUAACUAGGGGUCUUAACCUCCAAGUCUGGUGGCUCCUCCAAGGAGGUGGUGAUCCUAGCAUAUUUGGAAAAUUGCUCCAUAAGUGGCUCAUACUCCUGUCACUUCAUCCAACGUCAUGAGAUGCUCCACUAGUCGUGGUUCUUCAGAUGUCUGAUCUCCUAUCAAAAGACAUUACUUAAGAGAAUCAUCAGUACCAACACUCAUGAUAACGAGUGUUGUCUUAAAAUUAGACAAUAUCCCAAUAAUCCAGUUAUCAUGCAUAUGAGAGUGCUUCAUAUUAUCAUGAAUGGAAAAAGUUACUUGUUCAUCCCCAUCCCGCAGUAUAAGUUUCUCAUCAAGCACAUCAAUUAGUGCCUUGGCGGUGGCCAAAAAAGGUCUAUAUAAUAUCAAAGACACAUCCACAUCUUCAUUUAUGUCGAAAAUCAUGAAACCAAUAGGAAAAAUGAAUGUGUCAACUUUAACAAGAAGAUUCUCUACUAUACCUCUAGGAUGCACAAUAGAAUGAUCAACCAAUUGAAUACUCAUCCUAUUACUACUGGGUAGGGGUGUACAUGGGUCGGGUGGUCCGGGUUUAGGCAUUUUAAUCACCUGACCCAUGCACUACGGUUUGGGAAAUAUUAAACCCAAACCCACCCAAAAAAAAAUCUAAACCCUACGGUUUGUUUCUAUUGGGUUGGGUCGGGUCGGCGAUAUUUUAAAGUAAAAACCCAACCCAAUACAAAAUAUGUAAUUAUUCCACAUCAUAAAAAUAUUUUAUUACAAAUUAAAAAUUCAAAAGAAUAAACCGAGGUGAAAGGUAUCAAAAUUCACAAAUAUUGUUUGAAUUAUAAUAAAACUUGAUUUACUUCAACUUAUGUCUAGUUUUUUUCACGACAUAUGUUGAAAUAGGCUAAAAAGGUUACAAAUGAACGCAUCCAUAAUAUGAUAUUCUUUUAAAAUUGUACACAAGAAAAAAAAAACGUGAAUCAUAGCUAUAUUAAAUAUAUGUCUAAACUUUAAGUCGAAGAAUGCAUUAGAUUAGUGAGACUUUAAGAGAAAAACAUGGCGAAAUAUCUUAAUUUUCUCAUAAGUAUGACUAUAUACGACAUAAUUUUUUUUUGGAUACGAACUCAUACCAAUAAUUGGAACACGGGUUGGGUUGGGUUCUACGGGUUGUGUAAUACAAAAUCCAAACCCAACACAAAAGAGGCGGGUUGUACAAAAGAAAACCCUCACCCAACCCAAAACCUUCGAUUUAGCGAUAAAUACGGUUGGGUUGGGUCGGGUUGGACGGGUGGGUCGGUUUGCGGGUGGUUUGUUCACCCCUACUACUGGGUUCACCUAGGCCUAGCUUCUCAAACAAUUUAUAUGACAUGAAAUUUAUGAUAACGCGUAGAUCUGCCAAGGACUUUCCUACAUACAUAGAACCAAUGAUACAUGGGAUAGUCAAACUUUCUAGGUCUUGUCACUUUUCGGGCAGCUUGUUCUGCACUAUGGCAAGCACUCCACAUUUAGAUCAGCUUGUUCUUCAAGAACUUAGCAUACAUGGGAAUAUGUGAGAUAGCCUAGGAAGUACCGCGACAACAAGACGCAAUUAAUAUUUUGUUACUGUUCAUGUAUUUACUUCUGUUGAACUAUAUAAUACAUCAUGUAUUUGCUUCAUUAAUAGUUGUCAGUAGGGCUGUUAAUGAACCAAGUCGCUCAUGAACGGCUCGGCGUCCGAUUCGAGAAAAACUCGUUCGAAACUCGAUUAGUCUUAAUCAAGCCGGCUCGCGAACAAGCUCGUUAACUAAAUGAGCCGAACUCGAGCCGUACCAUGUUCAGCUCGAAAGGUAGUGAACAAGCUCAUUUAACAUUUUGGCAUAAGAAAGUAUUAGAAUUCAUGGAUUUUAUGUAUUGAAAUUGAGAUAAAUAUUAUGUUUUAUUUUGCUAGACUUUGCUACAGGUUUGAAUGUAAUUUUGUGCCCAGUUCUAGGUCAAUUUUGAGUUAUUAUGAACAUUGUAUGAGCUUAACUCGAUUUUGGGCUCGUUAACCUUAUUUAACGAGCCGAGCUUGAACCGAGCUCGAGCUUUCAUUUUCAUAAACGAGCCGAGCUCGAACUUGCAUAUUAAAUCUCGUGGCGAACACGAGCCGAGCUCGAGUUUGGAAAUAUAUUAAUGAGCCGAGCCCGAACUAUGGCAAAGCUCGGCUCGGCUCGGCUCAUUAACAGGCCUAAGACUUGUCAGUGCCUUAGGAGUUAGGAAGAUCCAUAAUGCCUAACCGCAAAUUAAUCAAACGGAGAUGAUGAGAGAACGGGAAACUCCUGGCGCUCGCCCCUACCACGGCGAGCGAAACGGCCACCACCUAACCGUUAACUACUUGGCUUUACAUUACAACCUGCUUCCCAUGUCUCUGCAGCACUCUCUAUAUAUUCUAUCUCAAUACCCUUCCAUCGUCUUCUCCCUCGCUCUCUACUCAUUUCACGCUCUUUCUUCCCCCUAAUUCUAAUCUUCUCUCGCUCUCGACAAUGGCGGCUGCUUCUGCUUCAUCAUUCACCUCCCUCAAGUCUCGCCCAGCUCCGGGCUUGGCGACGAUUGCAGCCGUGAAAUCCGGAGCUCCUCUGUCAUUCAGCUUCCGCCGCCCUGUUCCGGCCGUGUCUCGCCUCCGGAUCUCCUGCGCCGCGAAGCCAGAGACGGUGGAGAAGGUUGCCAAGAUCGUUAAGAAGCAGCUGGCACUGCCCACCGAGACGCCGGUGACCGGCGACUCCAAAUUUGCUGCACUUGGUGCCGAUUCUCUCGACACAGUUGAAAUUGUAAUGGGUCUCGAAGAGGAAUUCGACAUCAGCGUCGAAGAGGACAGCGCACAGUCGAUAGCGACAGUUCAGGACGCGGCUGAUCUCAUCGAGGAACUGGUUCAGAAGAAGUGCGGUUAAAAAGCUGAAGAAAACUUCCAAGCAAUGAAUGAUCACCCUAUUU